AUGCCCAGAGAAAUAAUCACUGUCCAGGCUGGGCAAUGCGGUAACAGCAUUGGAAGCCAGUUCUGGCAGCAGCUCUGUCAAGAGCACGGAAUCAACCAAGAUGGUAAUCUCGAGGACUUUGCGACCGAAGGCGGCGACAGGAAGGACGUUUUCUACUACCAGAGCGACGAUACGCGAUACAUUCCCCGCGCAAUAUUAAUAGACCUGGAGCCUCGAGUCCUAAACGGUAUCCAAACGGGUCCAUACAAAAACAUCUACAACCCAGAAAACUUCUAUGUUGGCAAGGAUGGUGUAGGUGCGGCGAAUAACUGGGGUGAUGGAUACCAGACGGGAGAGUCGGUGUAUGAGGAUAUAAUGGAGAUGAUCGACCGCGAAGCAGACGGCAGCGACUCCUUGGAGGGAUUCAUGAUGCUACACUCCAUUGCCGGGGGUACCGGUUCGGGUCUCGGUUCCUUCUUACUAGAACGACUCAACGACAGGUUUCCCAAGAAGAUUGUCCAAACAUAUUCCGUGUUUCCCGACACGACAAACGCAGGCGAUGUCGUGGUGCAUCCAUACAACAGUGUUCUCACACUCAGAAGACUGACCCAGAAUGCCGAUUCUGUUGUUGUCCUCGACAAUGGUGCCUUGUCACAUAUAGCAGCAGACAGGCUACACGUCCAAGAGCCAUCCUUCGCCCAAACCAACCAACUCGUCUCCACGGUCAUGUCUGCCAGUACGACUACCCUCAGAUACCCAGGGUACAUGCAUAACGACCUUGUCAGCAUACUAGCGUCACUAAUACCUACUCCCCGCUGCCACUUCCUUAUGACCGCCUACACCCCAUUCACAGGUGACCAGGUAGAGCAAGCGAAGACGGUACGCAAGACGACAGUGCUCGACGUCAUGAGGCGGCUGCUUCAGCCCAAGAACCGCAUGGUCUCGACAGUCCCCGGAAAGAAGAGCUGCUACAUCUCGAUAUUGAACGUGAUCCAAGGAGAGGUUGACCCGACCGAUGUCCAUAAGAGUCUCCUACGUAUUCGAGAACGACGCCUCGCCACCUUUAUCCCUUGGGGUCCGGCAAGCAUCCAGGUGGCCCUAACUAGGCGCAGCCCGUAUAUUCCAAUGAGCCACCGUGUCAGUGGCCUGAUGCUUGCCAACCAUACCAGCAUUGCCACACUCUUCAGACGAAUAGUCAAGCAGUACGAUGGCAUGAGGAAACGAAACGCCUUCAUGGAAGGAUACAAGAAGACGGCACCCUUCGCAGAGAACCUAAACGAAUUCGAUGAAGCGCGAGAAGUCGUCACCGACCUCAUUGCCGAGUACGAGUCGGCCGAAAAUGCCGAUUACCUUAACCCAGAAACAGGAGACAAGGCCACUUCGGCGGAGACGGAUAAGCGUAUGGCAUGA